UCCUCCCUCCCUCUGUGUGGUUUCCCCACUUGCGGCGUUUUGGGCGGCUCUGCAAAUUCUGGGUGCCCGGCAAGGCUGCUCCGGGCAGGUGAGGCUCCCGCUCUCCCUCGGGCUGCCCGGAGGGCUUCUCCCCGCCAGGAGGAAGGUGCCACCAGGAAAACCUUUGAGGGAAGUUCUGCUUGGAGGAUCCAAUCUGGCUCAGUCACCGGGACCAGAGAUUUCGUCAUCUCAGCUUUUGGACUUGUUUUGGAGUUCAUCCUCCUGCCCAACUUCCAACCUUUUGGCCAAAGUUCUCCUUGUUCGAGUUUCCUUGGAUGGAAAGCCCUGGAAGUGAGCAGCCCCUGGAAACUGUCCAGAGGGGGGAACACUUUGGCCAAAGGUCCUCUGAGAGGAAUCUGGGGAGAUGUUCCAAAUGCUCCAAGUGCGGGAAAUCCUUUGUUCACCGGUCCCUCCUUUUGAUCCACCAGAAGCUGCACAUGGGGAAUGGAUCCCACCUGUGUUUCAUUUGUGGAAACUCCUUUCCUGGAAUGUGGAGCUUUGCCAAACAUCUCGGGAGCCACCCUGGACUGAAGCCUUACAGAUGCGGAGAGUGCGGAGAGCGUUUUGCUAAAGGCUCGGACCUUGGAGCCCAUCAGCAAAUCCACCAGGGAAAGAGAUCUCAGGAAUCCUGGAAGCGCUGGGGAAGAUUUCCUGGGAGACGGCGUCUUUCUAGGUCUCAGAACUGCUCGGCUGAAGAGAAGCCCUGCAAGUGUGUGCAAUGUGGGCUGUGCUUUUCUCAAACCUCACAGCUGCUUAAACAUCAGCAAAUCCACACCAGAGAGAAACCUUAUCAAUGUCUGGAGUGUGGGAAAUCUUUCCGUUAUAAACAAUUAUUUAGAAAACAUGAGAUUAUUCACACAGGGCAGAGUCCUUAUAAAUGCUUGGAGUGUGGAAAAUGUUUCACUCGGAGCUCAUCUCUUUGCCAACAUAAUAAAACACACACAAAGGAAAGCAAAACGUGUCGAGAAUGUGGGAAAUCUUUUUCCAGCAAAUCAUGCCUGCUGAAACAUCAGAGACUUCACAGUGGGGACAGACCCUAUCAAUGCCCAGAAUGUGAGAAAAGAUUCGUGGAUUCUUCUGAACUACAGAGACACCAAAGGGCACACAGGGUAGAAAAACUAUAUAAAUGUAAGUCACACCUAAUUCGACACCAGAAAAUUCACACUGGGGAAAGGCCCUAUCAGUGCCCAAAAUGUGAGAGAUUUUUUAGUUACAAGUCAUGUCUAAUUCGACAUAUGAAACUUUACACCAGAGAAAGACAUUAUCAGUGCCCAGAAUGUGGGGAAAGUUUUUCCCGAAGGACAUACCAAAUUCGACAUAUGAAACUUCACACCCUAGAAAGACCCCAUGAAUGCCCAGAAUGUGGGAGAUGUUUUGGUGAUAAGUCAAAACUAAUUCGACAUCAGAGAAUUCACACUGGGGAAAGACCCUAUCAAUGCCCAGAAUGUGAGAAAAGAUUUGUGGACUCUGCUACAGUUCGGAGACACCAAAGGACACACAGGGGAGAAAAACUAUAUAAAUGUAAGGAUUGUGAUAAAUGUUUUUCUUCGAAGGAAACUCUUUCUCAACAUCUGAGUAUCCAUACAGGGGUGAAGCCCUUUAUGUGCAUCGAGUGUGGAACAUUUUUCCGUACAAUACAAAACCUCAGAAAUCAUGAGAAUGUUCACAGAGGGGAAAAAAGGUUCAAAUGUUUGGAAUGUGGGAAAGCAUUUGGUCGUUCAUCAACCCUUAGAAUUCACUGCCAAACUCAUACGGGUGAGAAACACCACAAAUGUUCAGUGUGUGAGAAAUCUUUUAACCGGAAAGAUACACUUGUGAUGCAUCAGAGAAGCCACUUAGAGAAGCAAUAUAAAUGUCCAGAGUGUGAGAAAACUUUCCGUUGCAAAUACUAUCUUAGAAAACAUGAGAGGAUUCACAAAGGAGAGAAGCCUUACGACCAUAUGCAGAAAAAUGAAAAGUGCCCAGAAUGUGGGAAAUGUUUUGGCUACAAGUCACAACUAAUUCAACAUCAGAGACUUCACACCGGAGACAGACCCCAUCAAUGCCCAGAAUGUGGGAGAUGUUUUGGCUACAAGUCACAUCUAAUUCGACAUCAGAGACUUCACACUGGAGACAGACCUUAUCAAUGCCCAGAAUGUGAGAAAACAUUUGUGGAGUCUGCUGAACUUCGGAGACAUCAGAAGGGACACACAGGAGAGAGGCCCUGUAAAUGUGCGGAGUGUGGGAAAGGUUUUCUCACAGAAACACGACUACGGGCUCAUCAGAGAAUCCACACGGGGGAGAAGCCAUACCUGUGUGUGGAGUGUGGGAAAUGUUUUUCCCGAAAAGAACACCUUGGAAAGCAUCAAAAGGUCCAUGUGCAAGUGAAGCCAUAG